AUGCUGCGCUGCGCGUAUCCCCAAGUCCGUUCGGCCAAGAACGCUGCCACUGUGCAGCAGCAGGUGAUGCAGAGAAUACUUCUUCCCAGACAGAGCCACUCAAGACUACCACCAGUCAGCGCCCGAGUCACCCAGUUCGCCCUACCGAAGCACCUGUCUACUGCAGAAGACAGUGCCAGGGCAGUUGUCUAUGCAGCCUUCAGUGUGCUCGACCCCGUCGGGAUGACCAAGAGCGACUUUUUUGCGCACAUACUCGCCCAGCAGAGCCUGCACAAGGAGUGCUACCGGUACGUGUGUCUGACGAUCAAGGAUCUGAGCAGCUCGCACAACUCAGCCCUGCGGGAUUUUGGGUUCCGGUCCUUACAGCAGCCCGAGCAUUUCCUUAACGGCCCUUGGGGAAAAGACACACACUUCAUCUCAGCCGUCGGCAACUAUUCUCGUGCCCUGGCCUCAUUCCGGGACGCUUUGCCAGGGAUGACGCCGAUGGACAUCACAUACGCGACCAUGUGCUUUGCCGUACUGGAGAUGCUGCAGGGGAACCUUGCCUCGCGCAACGCCAUUAUGGCGGCCGGCGUCAUCCUACUGCGGCCGCACGUCGUGGCUCCUUCGACUCCAGGCGCAGACGGAGCGACGCGAUACGGUAUCCAUCCACGCUACGUAGAUAGCCGGAACGUUUGUAACACCGAAGCGAUCUGCACACGCUUCGCUACGACAAACAUCCUGGGCGGGCUGAGCGUGGCUCCGAAUCUCGACCUUCUUGACACAUCAGAGCCCCUCGUACCUGUGUUCCACCUGCCCCGAACUUUCUCGACACCGGCGGGACCAGAGGAGUCUUACAGCAGCCUCCGCCAGAAAUGGAACGCUUUCCACGGCACACUCGAGUCGUGGCAGCUCAGUCGAUAUUGGGCUAUUGCGGUUGGUGGCCGCCUCGAUGCGGUUCGGCAUCUUGCCGAUCAGGCCCGGCUCAACCACCACAUGGCCAUCUGGCGACGAGGGCUUCAGCAACGUAUAGAAAUGAAGAGGAGGAGGUUUCGUAGUGCAGACGAGGAUGAGCUUGGCGUUUUGUCCGUGCUGCGGGCGUACCUGCACUGCCACCAGAUCGCUACAGCCACCACAGAAAGCAUUCCCAUGCCGGAUACCGCGCAUCUAUGGACAGCCACAACAAGAACAUCGGGUGACGGCGACGAGGAUAUGUCUUUACAUUCAAAAGACGGGCCCGACGAGGAAAUUGACGUCACGAGCCUGGCCCAGCUGGCUCGUCUGCUGGCGCGCGACGUGGAUGGUUUCCAGGUUCUCAACUUCAACGACAUGUUUCUCGACACCGUCAUCCUGCCCAUCAUCUCGCGACAGGCGAUACAAUAUGCGCAAGAUGGCCAGAUCACGAUGGCGCUCGAAAAAAGAGAAUGUCCUUACUCCUUCAAAACGGUCAAUGGUGACGGCCAAGCGGCAACGACUGCUUCUGCCGGACCCCGGGCAGGAGGAGCCUUUGCAGACGUUUCGAUCGACGAAAUAGAGCUGCAGCGGCUCAGCUUGAGGCAGUCCUCAAGUCACAUCGAGCGGGAUGACAGGUAUCUGGCUGGCAAGCAGCUCGCGAUGCUUGACGUUCAAGCCUCCAUUAUGAGGAGGACUUUCGAGGAACAGGAAGAGGUACAGUUGGGGCUAGUGCCUCAAGGAGACGUCAAAACCUCAUCAUUCAUGGAUAGCAGUCGACACCCGGCGUUUUAUGACGGAGUUGGGACAAGUGCUGGCAGUACCAGCAGCCGCAGCAGUGCCGACAGCAUUCGGACUUUUUCCUCGGCGUCCAGCACCAGCGAUGACGAAGACGACGAGUCCCUGUCCGCGCCUCAUCGCCAUCCUGCGUCAUCCUCGGCUUUUACAUCGUCCCAGACUCCUAACACAUCCCGCUCUACCCGUGGAUCUACCCCACCGCCACUGCGAGGAUUCCUGCCGUCACAGUUCGUGCAGCACAAAAAAGGGCUCGGCUGGUCCGCCCCGGAACAACCUGACCGCUUCGCCCCACAGAGCGGCGACUUCAGUUUCAUGCCGCUACGCAUGCGUAAGGAAUUCACGCUCGCGUGCGUCGAUAUGCAGCUCGCGACGGCGUCAGCGGCGCUCAGAGACGGGGUUCACUACGCGCAAGUAGUCUCAUAG